CUCUUCUUUCUCCCUUUUGCUCUUUCUUUUUCUUUUCUUUCUCUCGCUCUCUCAGUUAUUCUUUUUCUUCUGUGUAAUUUCUUGUUCUGUUAAUGCCGGUUAUUUUCUAUUAAUCAUAAUAAUUUAUGUUCUUUUCCAUAAUUUGAUUGCUUCGUAUUUGCAAGAGAACCACCAGUGAAAUAAAAUCAGUUUUUGUUGUUUUUAUUUGCCAGUUUAAGUUUUAGACUUUGAUUAUUUCUCUCAGUGAUUCUUUCGGUUGGAAAUAUCUGGACCACAGAGUGACAACUAAUAUCUACUGACCAAUGGCCUCCAACAACAACCAAGUUGUUCUGAAAGACAAUACUGUCCAUUAUUGCCUUUACCCGGAUUUCAGUUUGAUUUCGGAUGAAUCAACUCACAUCGAUCAUCUUAAAGACUAUAUUGUUGAUUGUUUCAAUAAAUUGAGUGAUCUUCUUAAAGAUUAUCUUUGGCAUUUUGAAGAAUUCAAUUUACGCCCUGUUGAUUCGUCAUCUGAUCAAGUUGCACAUAUCGAAGGAUUUACCUGUUAUGAGGAUAAUGUCGAAGACGAAUGGUUCAUCGUGUAUCUGCUUAUUAAAUUAACUCAACUCGAUUCUAAGUUAGUGAUUAGUGUUAAAGACUCAGAUGGACAAUUUUUGCUCAUUGAAGCUGCUGAAUAUUUACCCAAAUGGGCCGAGCCCGAGAUUAGUGACCAACGGGUGUUUAUAUUCAACGGAGAAGUUCAUUUAAUUCCACCCAGUGUAAUACCUCAGACCAAAAACAUUUGCGACUCGUCCAUUGACAUUACUCAAGCUUUAUCGGUUAUACGAGAUGAAGGGAAAAAAACCAAAUGCGCAGAGAAAAUUCAGUAUUCUAUUCGUCGACGGAUCACCAUGUUUCCUAUGCAAAUUACCACUCAAAAACAUCGAGCUCAGUGUUUCAUUCCUGCAGGAGUGGCGAUGUUGCUCAGUCAUCAACCCAACUUAAUCUCAUGGGCUGUGCGAGCUUUUUAUCAUCGAGACUUGAAGGACUUUCAGGCCAUAAGAUCAAUGAAAUAUUUUCCACCAGAAACUCGUGUUAAAAGAAACGUUACUUUUACCAAGUGUUUGUAUGCUCAAGCGAUUAGCCAAAAAUAUGAUCCUGAUCCAAAGAUUGGCUGGAAUUUGCCUCCAAGAGAAUCGCCAUUAUUUAAAUCUUACGAUUUAGGUGUUAAGAUUGCCUGUGGCUUUGAAAUUCUAAUUAGUCGGGUAAAAGCGACCAAUUCUUGUGAUGAAACAUCACCAAUCUCAACCGAGAAAUGCAAUGAAAAACUUUGGGUGAAAAUGGUCAAAAGCUUGGAGGAUAAAGGUUAUUUCAAAGAUAAUAUCCAAGGAUCUCGACGAUACAAAGAGUUACUUAAUAAAGCUUAUGAUUUCUAUCGCUCAUCAAUGGAAUCCUCGAAAGACUCAGUCGCUUGUGAUGAAGACAUUGGACAACGAGUUUUAAAAUUGGUUAAAACUGUUUCUGUUGAUUACGAUCGUUUAAAGCGCGAAGAGAGCUCACUUGAACCUGAAGACAGUGAUGAUUGGAUUAAUAUAAGUCAACAAAAAUUAGAAGAUGUAUUGAUUGGUCAAUUUCUGAACGAUAAAGAUCUGAAUGAAAAUCUUGCUGAAAAGAUCCCUGAAGCCUUUAAAACUUUCAUAAACUACGAUGAUGUUGGAAUCGAAGGAGCUGAAAUUCCUGUUGAUAAUUUAAGACCAAACAUUACUCACGAUUUAGAGCCAAUUAAAUUUGAUGAAGAUAAAUUUGGUGAUGCAUUGAAAAAUAUUCUCUCAUUCCCAUUGCCAUCGACAGAAUCAUCUUCAUCUUCAUCCGGUAUGUCCGAUUAUGAGAUGGAAAGUGCGCCCGAUGAAAAGGAUAGUUCUGAUAGCGACGGAGACAAUCCUACUUUUCGCAUUCUAACUCCAGUAAAGAGUUUAUCUAAGACUAAGAAAGUGACCAAACGAAAGAAACAUAAGAAUAAUAAGAGCAACUCAACAAAUCCGAUGUUCAAAGACAUGAAACAUUACAUGGAAGCGAUUGAUAGAGAGCUGGAUAAAACUUUGGUUGGUAAAAGUUUCGAGAGAAAACCCAAAAGUAACAACGACCAAGUGAAAAUUGGUGAGCCUCCACUGGCGACUUGUGAUGAAGAUGAAGAUCUGGAUGAUACAGAUAACGAAUCGACCCUUCCGCCCGUCGACCCAGAACUCACUGCCUUAAAAAACAUUCUCGAAUCGUUCGAUAGUCAGAAAGGUUUGCCUGGACCAGGAUCCAAUUUACUCUCUCUGAUGGGAGUUCAUCUUCCUCGUGAUUCUUCAUCAUCCUCACAACCUAAAUAAGAGAUAAACAAACAGAACAACCUUGUAUUCAGGUUUACAUUUGAUUCUCGAAAUUUGGAGGGUUAGUUAAAAUUAACCACAAACAAGUAAACAUUCUCGUUCCAUACUGUUAA